CAGAGUGCUGCCAGAGUUGACGGCACCAGCUGGGGACAUCGGAGGGUUUAGACUGCAAGCUCAUCAAGUCCACUUUUGGAUAAACCUGAAAAUUCAGUAUUUGACUCCAGGAACCUGUGGACUCUUGCCAUCUGACGCUACGUUCCUUUUCAUCUGUACAGAUUCAUCUUAUGGAACAAUAUGGAUAAUGAAAUUGAGAGUUUGCAUGAAGAAGAUGUUAAAGCCGCAUGGGAAAAUGUUGAGUGCAAUCGACAUAUGCUCAGUCGCUACAUAAAUCCGGCCAAGUUAACACCCUACCUGCGUCAGUGCAAAGUGAUUGAUGAGCAAGAUGAAGAAGAAGUGCUCAACUCCCUACUUUUUCUUUCCAGGACAACGCGAUCAGGUCGCCUCUUGGAUAUUCUUCAUACAAAAGGUCAAAGAGGCUAUGUGGUUUUUUUGGAAAGCCUUGAGUUUUACUACCCAGAGCUCUACAAGCUGGUGACAGGGAAGGAGCCCACAAGAAGGUUCUCUACUAUAGUAGUUGAGGAGGGCCAUGAGGGUCUGACCCACUUCCUGAUGAAUGAGGUGAUCAAGCUACAGCAACAACUGAAGGUGAAAGAAACACAGAAAUGUGAGCUUGUCGCAAACUCACGCCAGCUGGAGGAUGAAAAGAAACAGCUGAGGUUGGUCAACAUGGAGUUGCUCACGUUUCAGGAGAGAUACAACAAGAUGAAAGAAGAGAGAAACAACUGUAAUGAUGAGCUGAUCAAAGUGAAGGACGACAACUAUAACCUAGCCAUGAGAUAUGCCCAGCUGAGCGAGGAGAAAAACAUGGCCGUAAUGCGCAGCCGAGACUUGCAGCUGGAGAUUGAUCGGCUGAAGCAUCACUUGAAUAAAGUAGAAGAGGAGUGUAAACUGGAGAGAAAUCAGUCCCUCAAGUUAAAGAACGACAUUGAGAAUCGCCCGAAGAAAGAGCAGAUGUUUGAGCUGGAGAGGGAGAAUGAAAUGCUGAAGACAAAGGUGCAGGAGUUGCAGUCUAUCCUACAGGCUGGGAAUCACAGUUUGCCGGAUUCAGACAAAGCCAUAGUGGAUAUUCUCGAGCACGACCGUAAGGAAGCAUUAGAAGAUCGUCAUGAGCUGGUAAACAGGAUCUUUAAUCUCCAGGAAGAGAUUCGGCAAGUUGAAGACUCAAGGGACAAGUAUUUAGAAGAGAAGGAAGAUUUGGAGCUGAAGUGCUCUACGCUGGCUAAAGACUGUGAAAUGUACAAGCAUCGCAUGAAUACUGUGAUGAUACAGCUGGAGGAAGUGGAGAAAGAACGAGACCAGGCUCAUCGCUCACGUGAUGAAGCUCAGACACAGUACUCACAGUGCCUGAUAGAUAAAGACAAAUACAGAAAGCAAAUCCGAGAGCUGGAGGAGAAAAAUGAUGAACUUCGUAUUGAGAUGGUGAGGAAGGAAGCUCGGAUUGUCAAUCUUGAGUGCAAAAUGAGAAGAAUGUCAAAGGAUUGUCUUUUAGACCAGAGUUUACCACGAAAUCUACACAUCACUAUAUCUCCCGGUUCAAAGAACAGUGGUCAAGAGGCUCAGUUCUCAUCUGAUUCUGAAGCAUCACCAGAGGACAUUGAUUUCUUUAAUCCUGAUCCAUCGCAGAAAAAGAGAAGAAUGAACCUGAAGGGAAUCCCACAAGUGUGUUCCGAAUCUGUCACAUUAAAUCCUAUUUUUAGAACCAAAUCUCCUGUCUGUGACCGAUCUUGUGAUUUUCAAGCUGUCAGGGGCCUUAACGAUGCCAGUGUGGAUGUGAAUAGCAGUAAUACUGAGCCUGUGUUCACCAGGGCUCAGUCAGUCAACAAUGGAACCAACAGCUCUGAAACCUCCAAGAUACCUCUGCUGAAAAUCCGCAACCAUAGUAUUAUGUCUACAAAACCAGAGCCUCCUGGAAAUGAUUCCAUUAUGAGACGCAACAAAGAAAAUACUCCAACACGCAGUCUUGUUGAUGAAGACAACGAUAGUUCAGAACUAGAUGACGAGUUUCAGGAAAGAUAUUCGCAUGGACCUCCCUCUAUUCACUCCUCUUCCUCUUCUCACCAGUCGGAAAGUCUGGACAGUUUUGAUCUUGAGCAAGUCAGCUCAAUUUUUAGAAAGCUUUCUCUGGAAAGACCUUUUCGACCUUCUGUGACAUCUACUGGACGCCUCAGAAGCUGCAAUCAUCUGGUGCAGCAAGUGACACUGAACGGCGAUAACCUCAUUAUGGAAAUUUCACUGAUUGGUGGAAACGAUAGAGGCAUUUUUAUCAGAUCUGUCAAACCUGGUUCAGGUGCAGAAGAAGCAUCUUUGAAAGAGGGAUAUCAGCUUUUAUGGCUUGACGGCUAUUUUAAAGACAUAAAACAGUGUAUUCAACUGGACUCUUGUACUAAAGAAGAAGCUCACUGGACGAUCCAGAGAUGCCGAGGACCUGUCACGGUGCACUAUAAAGCAAACCAAGAAGCUUACAAGAAGCUUAUGAUGGACUUGUCAGAAGGGCAAAUUCAAUCUGGAGACUCCUUUUAUAUCCGUUUAAAUCUAAAUAUAUCUAGCCAGCUGGACAGUUGCUCCCUGUCUGUGCAGUGUGAUGAGAUUGUACAUGUUCUGGACACAAUGUAUCAGGGGCGGUACGAGUGGCUCUGCUCCAGAGUUGAUCCAUUUACAGACAGAAAUCUUGAAUCUGGAACAAUUCCAAGCUACAGCAGGGCACAGCAAUUAUUUUUGGUUAAACUGCAGCGAUUACUACACAGAGGCAGCCGAGAUGAAACUGAAUCAAGUAACACACUGCGAGCUACGAGAAAUACACUUCAGCCAGAAGAAUGCUUUGCACAGAUGGAUUCUAAGAGCAGCCCACGGCUUUCAAGAGCAAGUUUCCUAUUUGGGCAAAUUUUGCAGUUUGUGGGUAGAUCUGAGAACAAAUACAAAAGGAUGAACAGUAAUGAGCGUGUACGUGUGAUCACCUCUAGCUCCCCUUCUCUUGAAACACUGAAGACUUUAUUAGAAAGACAAGAUGAUCUGGAUUCUGACAGUGAUAUCAAAAAGAGUCUUAACUUGAUUCCAUACAGCUUGGUGCGACCAUACCACUGUGAGAAGAGGCGCCCAGUUCUCUUUGCACCAUACAUGUUAGCAAAAUCCAUAGUACAAAAACUUCUGAACUCUGGAGGGGCUUUAGAAUUCAAUCUAUGUAAGCCAGAUAUCAUCACAAAAGAAGAUCUUGUAAAAAGACAGCGAUCAGACACAAUUAUUCACGUUAGAGAAAGAAACCCAAAUACCUAUGAAUGUAUUACUCCAGGCAGCAUUGAGGCUGUUACUUCCAAGAACAAGCAUUGUUUGCUGGAAGUGGGACUGAGCUGCACAAAGGAUUUAGUCCAUAUAAAGAUCUUCCCCAUUAUACUCUUUAUAAAGAUUUCUGAGAAGAAUAUAAAAAAAUUCAGACGACUUAUUCCCAGGCAGGAGAAUGAGGAAGACUUUAUUCGACUUUGCCGACAGCAAGAGAGAGAAUUAGAAUCUCUCCCAUGCCUAUAUGCUACAGUAGAGGCAGACCUAUGGAACAGUCCUGAAGAUUUGAUACGAAUUAUCAAAGAAAAGAUUGCAGAAGAGCAACGGAAAACUGUGUGGAUAGACGAAGAUAACUUAUAAAAUUAUUUCACUUUAAUUGGUAUUUAAUGACUGUCCAUAUAGAGACAUAUUUGGUUGAUAUGCUUCAUGACUCCUGCAUCAGUUUUGCAUAUUGUUUGCACCCUUGAUGAAGAGGUUUAUUUUAAAAUUUGUAGUAGCAAAACAGUUCUCAUCUCAUAUAUUGUAUAUUAUUUCUUUUCUAACACUAGCUGCUAAGAAAUACACAACAAACAAAACACUGCUGAACUUAAAAUGAAAUUACUCUGAAUACACAGAGUGCAGUAAUUAAAAUAAAGGCUAUGUCACUCGCAGACAAGUUUCUCUGGAUUCAACAGGACAUCAUGGUUCAUUUAGAGGACGUUAGAAAUGAUUAAUGUAUCAAUAACUCAUUAUCUGCUAUCUGGGGGUAGCAACUAUAGAGUCCUUUGUAUUAUCAAUCCCUGGUUGUAAAAUAAAGUAUGCUUAAAGGGACACUGAA